AUGGGCAACAGCAUCAUAUUGGUAGUAAUCUGGGUGGAACGAUCGCUUCACAAACCCAUGUACUUCUUUCUUUCCAUGCUGGCAGUCAGUGACCUGGGUCUCUGUGCCACCACCUUACCUACAGUGCUUAAGCUCUUCUGGUUCAAUGCUCGUGAAAUACACUUUGAUGCAUGCCUUGCACAGAUGUACUUUAUCCACAUCUUGUCCAUGAUGGAGUCAGGUAUCCUAUUAUCUAUGGCUUUUGACCGCUACGUGGCCAUAACCAAUCCUCUCAGAUACACUGCCAUCCUGAACAGGGCUACCAUUGUGAACAUUUCUGUAGGGCUUGUGUUGCGGGCCAUCAUUGUCCUCAUCCCAGCCCCUGUCCUCAUUAAGAAACUCAGAUUUUGCGAGGCCAGUGUACUUUCCCAUUCCUAUUGUCUGCAUCCAGAUAUCAUUACGCUUUCCUGCUCUGACCACCGUAUUAACAGCAUCUUAGGUCUCAUUGUCAUUAUCAUCACAUUUGGUUUUGAUUCUGUGCUCAUCCUUUUCUCCUAUGUGAAGAUCCUUACCACUGUACUAGGUAUUGCCUCCCAGGAAGAGCGAGUCAAGGCCCUCAACACCUGUGUUUCCCACAUCUGUGCUGUGCUGCUUGUCUACAUCCCCAUGUUGGGAGUAUCCAUCAUUCACCGUUUUGGGAAGCAUGUUCCACCCGUGGUUCAUGUUGUCAUGGGCUAUGUCUACUUGUUGCUUCCUCCUGUGCUCAACCCAGCCAUCUAUUGUAUCAAGGCCCAUGAGAUACGCACCCACCUUGUAUAUAUCUUCAAGAAAAUAUCAACAAAUGUAUAUUAA